CUUCACAGUCAGACAGCCUCAGCAGUGAAGAACAUUUCACAUCAAGAGGAGCUGCACCACUGCAUGAUAAACUCUACUAAUAAUAACCACACAACAAGGAUGAAUUCUGCGAUCCAGUUCAUCGUUCUUCUGGCCUGCAUCUCCAUAUGCACCUCAGCAAGCAUUAAGAACUGCCACUGUGUGAAGACAGUCGAAGCAGUGAGGCCCAAACUCAUCGCUCAUGUCAGAGAGCAUAAACCACGUCCAUACUGCAGCAAACAUGAAGUAAUUGUCAUUCUGAAGGAUAAAAGCAAGCUCUGCCUUGACCCAGACUCAGAAUUCACUAAAAGAGUUCUGGAAACAAAAAACAAAUCGAGCACAAAAUCCACCUAAAUGCACACAAUCAAUCCAAAAUCAACCAUCAGAGGAGAAACAACUUCUGCAACCAGCAUCACUAUAACAUGCUUUACAGCUUGCAGAUUGCAUGCAAGGUUGGAGCUGCUGUGCAAGUUCUUCCUGUCUGCACAAACAGCAUAGAGCUGUAAUGAAGUCAUUGCAAACUGUGUUUGCAAAAUCUGGGAAUUCCUUGUUUGAUAUGUGAUGUGAUGUGAUAUAAUAAGGUCAAUAAUAUGGUCAAUAAGUUGAAUUCAGGUAUUUAGAUUAUUUAUGACUCGUUGCUUUUUGGGUUUGUAGUUAUUUUAUUUACUUUUUUAAGGAUUUGAAGGAGUUAAACAUAUUUAUUAAUUAUUGGGAUAUGUGUUGAUAUUUUGUUAUUAGAUUCAUACAUAAAUGUUCAUUGCAACUGCCUGUUGUGUGGCAUGAUGUCAUUGAUGAAAACAUGAUUUAUAUUAAACCACA